AUGGGAAAGGUCAAAGUGGACAACGUCAGCGACUUCCAGGACAUUGCAAGCGUAGUGGCCAUCACUCAGACCUACUGCACCACCGAGCCAUUUGUUGACGCCAAGUACGACAUCCGCGUGCAGAAAAUCGGAGCUGACUACAAAGCAUACAUGAGAACAUCCAUAUCUGGGAACUGGAAGAGCAACACUGGAUCUGCCAUGUUGGAACAAGUGGCCAUGACAGACAAAUACAAGCUGUGGGUAGACACCUGUGCAGAGAUCUUUGGAGGUUUGGACAUCUGUGCCGUAAAAGCCAUCUGUGGGAAAGACGGGAACGACUACAUCACUGAGGUGGUGGGGUCGUCCAUGCAGCUCAUCGGAGACCACCAGACUGAGGACCGACAGCUCAUCUCCGAUGUGGUUUUAACCAAAAUGAACAAAGCGCUGGGGUUCAAACCCUCCCUGUCCCCUACCAGGUCCCCCCAGGGGCCCACAACCGUGCAGCCUCACCAGAGUGCUGCUCCCAAAGAAGGCGUGUCUGACCCCAUCAGGACCCAAACACAGCGCCCCCAGCCCCAAGGUGCACCAGUCAAAUCCCAAAGCGUAGACCAGUCCUCUGAGUCUCCGAGAGGAGCUGAUCCAAAGUCUGCUUCCAAACCUGUCGCCCACAAACCCACGCAGGCACACAAACCCGUGCAGAAGUCAACCUCAGUCACCAAGCCUCCUGUCCCGCGACCUCCUCCCAUGACCAGGGCUCCUUCUGUGACCAGACCUGCCCCAGACCCACCUAGCUCCACCACUGCCAAGCCCACGCCAGCAUCCCCAGCCAAAGCAACACCAGCAUCACCCCCAAAGUCCAAACCUGCUUCUACAGAUUCUACCACUCCUCCUAAACCUGCUGCUGCUGCUGUUGCUCCGGCUCCACCAGAAUCAGCGGUGGAACCUUCCAGCAUCAUCAAGGCUCAGGAGCCCUCACCGUUCUCUCCCCCCACAACCGAGCAGCCCAAGCAACAGUCCCUGGGCUCCCCAUCCAUGCCUGGGAAACCCAAAGAACUCCCUCCAAAGCCUACUCCUCCAACCAAACCCAUCCCACCUAUGCGCAGGAACUCCAAGCCUCAGCUGCAGCCGAAGCCUCAGACUCCCCCUCCUCCCCGAGUCUCGACCAAACCGCAACCAGAGCCGACGGAGAGCACUCCAGCCCCGGCCAGUCCCCCGGCUAGCGUGCCCUCUCACGCUGCAGCCCCAGAAGAACCGACAGAUAUCCAGGCGAGCACAGAGAUAGUCGGGGAAGAGCCGCCCUCUACUGAGGCUCCAGAGGAAGAGCAGCAGCAGCAGAAGACCCAUCCUCUGCUCAAUAAAUCUCAGUCGCUGACCAACGCCUUCAACGCCAUCAGUGACUCCACGUUCUUCCGCAGUGUCUCCGGCUCCAGUGGCGAUGGUCCGCAAGAGGAGGCCAAGGCAGAGACCAUCCGCAACCUACGGAAGUCCUUCGCCAGCCUUUUCUCUGACUGA